AUGCCACCUAAAGGGAAAGGAAAGGCGAAAGCUUCAAAUGACGACGAUGAUUCUGGGCCACCAGCUAAAUUGAAAGGAGGUACUUCAGUCAAAGUCAGGCACAUUCUCUGUGAGAAGCUUGGGAAGUGUGAAGAGGCUCUAAAGAAAAUCAAGGAAGAAGGAAUGCGCUUUGAUAAAGUAGCUGAGGUCUACUCUGAGGACAAGGCCAAGCAAGGAGGAUCUCUAGGAUGGCAGCUAAGAGGAUCUAUGGUUGGAGCAUUCCAGGACGCAGCAUUCGCAUUACAACCUAGUACGGUUGAUAAGCCCAUUAUAAGUGGACCUCUCAAAACUCAAUUUGGCUAUCACUUGAUUAUGGUGGAGGACCGCAAGUAG